CCGGCCAAUAAGCCCACUGCGUCGAUUCCUGCCCUAAUAUACCUCCAUCCCAAAAAGAUUACCGAACUCAAACAACAGAAUUAGGUGAUCGAGUGUUACUUAAAAAUAGAGGCAGAGAUAUAGGGAAGCAGCGACCUCCUACCCAAACCGAGCUAAUAAAAUGCAUUCUGACUCCAGCUCGAGCAGAUCUUCCUCACCAGACAUGGAUGGAAUGUAUCUCCGAGACCACCUCAAUUCAGUGUCCUCGACGCAGAACGAACUCCUCCAGAAGAUGACGAGCGAGCACCUCUCCAGGCACGGGGAAAAUACGUCACCUGGCGGGAGCAAGUACAAACUCAAGAAGCAGGUGACCGAGCAAGAGAUUCAGCAUCUGAGGCUGAAAAUCAACGGGCGGGAGCGCAAGAGGAUGCACGACUUGAACCUGGCGAUGGAUGGCCUCCGGGAAGUUAUGCCUUACGCACACGGUCCGUCGGUGAGAAAGCUGUCGAAGAUUGCCACUCUCCUGCUCGCCAGAAACUACAUCCUGAUGCUCAACAGCUCCCUGGACGAGAUGAAAAGGCUGGUUGGAGAAAUCUACGGCGGACAUCAUUCUGCGUUCCACUGCGGGACAGUGAGCGGGCGUUCUGGCAACCCGGCGCAUCAGGUGCAUCCACUGCUCGGGAGCGCGCUGUCCUCGUCCACAUCCUCCACCCUCACCACCACUUUACCGGGACUUACCUCCAUCCGAGCGCCUCACUCCUUAAUGAAGAGUGCCCCUGCACCCCCUCUUCAGCUCGGUAGCGGCUUCCAGCACUGGGCAGGUUUACCAUGUCCGUGCCCCAUAUGCCAAGUACCUCCACACCCUCAUAUUCCGGUCAGUUCAGCGGGAUUGACGAGAUUUACAAGUGAAAACAAGGAUGUGAUUAAGUAAUUCGGGACAACCGAUACAGAAUGGUGUCAAGGUGUACACUACAGUAAAUUAUGAAUUGGACAUGAAGAAUUGACCUCCAUGCAUGCAUUGUUUGUCUGUUUAUUUGUUUUGCGUAUGAUAACCCCUUAAUAUCCUCCUUGUAACAAAGACCCUGUGUAAAAACUUUUUUCAAGGUAAAAAUGUAGCUGUUUAUUUGAUGUCACCAGAGAUGCAUUCACACAAUGUAAAUAUGUUUCUUACAAGCCGCUCUGUGAACAAACCUAAAACAUUAAGCUGGGGAUUUCUGAAUGUGAUCUUAUGUUUGGAGAACAUUAAGCUGGAGAUGUCUGAAUGUAACCUCAUGUUUGGAGAACAUUAAGCUGGAGAUGUUUGAAUGUGACCUCAUGUUUGGAGCACUGAAGGUGAUCGUAGCACAAAAUACUUGCUUACCCGAAAGGGUGAAAAAAGUUGCAUGCAGAUUAUUAUUUUAUUUUUUGGGGCAUAAUUUGUGAAAGUGAAGAAUGCCCUUUCCUUGUAACAAGGAUGGUGAAAUCGCAUUCUACAGUGUAUGAAAAUUAUAUGAUUUAUAUAUUUAGUUCGAAAAGGUUGAAAUCCAUAGACUCUGAAAAUACCUUUAGCUUUGCGGUGGCGUUAUUGUCCAUAUGUUGAACUUCUUUAGCAUGGCUGCAUGAUUGUUUUGCUGGAAAUAAUUUGUUAUGUCCAGAGACCCUGCGUCUUUAUU